AAUGAUGCAAUGGGGCAAACGCUAGAACAACUUAAAGCGGAUUUUGGGUGUGACUGGCUCAACCAAGCAUUAUCUAACCACUACGAAGUUUUUAUUAAUGAACUUCUGCCACAACAACUAGAACCACUUUAUGGAAAUAUUGAAGACACUAUCUGGGAUGAGCGCUUUGUUCGUAAAGAGAUUAUGCGCGAUGGAUUGAGUAAACUACUUGCUUUGGCCCCAUACGACAUUAUAUCCAUAACAACGUGGUCUAGAGUUAUGCCACACUGGUUACACUCUUUAAAUAAUGAUUUGGUUAGUGAGGAGGAUUUGCUAGAGUUGAAGGUGCCUAUCAGCAAAUUGUUUGAACCUGAUCUUUGUGCCCUGUCUUUUAAGCCUCAACGUCUUUAUGAAUUUUUGGCAAUCCGACUACACUCAAAUUCUUACGAAGAAAUACUCAAAGCACUAGACUGGCUACAUGUAGGUUUUAGAUUUAUUUAA